AUGGAGAGCGGAUCAGAAGAUGAAGAUAAUGUCUUUGUUCUACGUGAGGAGCUACGCAAGAAGUCACAGGAGCUUAAGCACAUGCAGGAUGAGUUUGAUGAGUACACACAGUCGAGUCACGAGCUCGAACAGGAGCUGGAGCAAGAGCUUUCUCGUGUCGAGAAGCGUAACGUCCAUUUGUUAACGAAAAAUCAGUACUUUGAACGUGAUUUACAGCUUGCACGUAGCAAAUUGGAGGAAGCACUGGACCAGACACACAAGUUUGAGAAAGAGCUCGAAGUGACGCGUGUCGAGCUUGAGACGGCCGUGAAAGCUCGGCGGACUCUUGAACAACAACAGGAUGAAUUAGAGACGCAGGUGCGUGUUUUGCAGGCUACGGAGUCUGAUCUGAGACACAAGAUGGAGCGGGAGAUAGAGGAGAAGGUGUUUUUGAUAAGUGACCAGGAAGAGCUGGAGCAUGAGCACGAAAUGGCUACGGAACGAUUCCGGACGGAGAUCAUGGACCUCAAGUCAGAGCUGUAUGCUCUUCAGCAAAAGUAUGAAGACGCUACGACGGCGUCAGAAACCCGUGGAUCGUUCUCAGGGAAUGAUAGCAUGGCCACGACACGCAGCCAGUCAGAUGAUGAGGAAGGGUAUGACUUGAGCUACAAUGAGAAGCCACAGCAGCAUUCAACGGUCCAUGAACGUGACCAGAUCAAUCGUGAAGCGCUGAUCGAGUCGCUGAAAGAGGAGAUAGAGGCUCUAUCGUCCAGUCUCCAGGAUGAGAUGGAGGCCCGCACGGCGAUUGAAGCUGAGGUGCAGCAACUUCAUGAGAGUCUUGCCCACAUGGAGGCCAUGGAGGCAGAAAUGACGGACAUGACUGACGAACUGAUUGGAAAGUCUCAAGAAAUCCGUGCUCGCGACGAACAGAUUGAAGAGCUUCGGGAAUCUCUGCUGAAACUUCAGUCUGAAAUGGCGACACUUAAUGAUGGGGGCAUUGAGUUUACAAAUGAGCGCGAGAAGAUGCGGAACGAGCUGGAAAGCAAAGAAAAGAUCAUUAGCAGCAUCAAGGAAGAGCUGGAGAUCGUCAAGUCACAGUAUGAUGACCUAGCGGAGAAUGAGCGCCAACUCAAAUCCCGUCUCGCACAAGAGUGCGAAACUGUAGAUGAGUUGAAGGAACAAAUCGAGACUUGGACAAGGAACCUGGAGGAAAGCAAGCAAGAGCGCAGCGAGCUCGAACGGAAACUGCAGUAUGACAAGGGUGAAAUAUCGCAAAAUCGUAAAGAAGUGGAAGAACUGAAAAACCUGAAUUCAGACCUUCAGAAACAGAUUGAUGAAGCGAACAAGAGAAUGUCUGAGCUUGAGCGCACGUCGACCGUUUCAGCUGUGCCAUCUGUCUCAGACGCGGCCGAAUCGAAACGACUGAUGAUGGAAAUUAGAACGAUGCGCACGUCUUUGAACUCUCUGUCCGCAGAGAAUGCGCGACUAAGGAGUCAAGAAGGAACGUCUACGAGCGUUAUACCUGCAAAGCGGGUGUCAGCUGACGUGCUGCAAGUGAACUUCACGCCAGAGCAGCUUGCGCGAAAGUACCUAGCGGAACGAACCCGUAAUGCUUCGCUACUUUCACGUCUACAGACUGUCUGCGGUAACAUCCAAGUAUUCUGUCGUGUACGACCGGUCAUCAAUGAAGAGCUGGAGAAGUCAUGGGGUUCGAAGUUGGCAGUUAAUGUGGUGAACCAGUCAGAUUUAGCUGCCAUGGAUUUUCGGUCUGAUCGUUUGACGCCUACCGACUCUGAUGAGAAGACAGCUAGCAACGGGAAUAUGGAAGACUUAGCAAACAACAGUUCAUGGAAAGUGUUUACUUUUGAUCGAAUUUUGGGUCCGGAAGAGACGCAAAAUGACGUCUUUCGUGAAGUGGAGCCGAUUGCACAGUCAGUUGUCGACGGGUUCAAGGCAUGCAUUUUCGCGUACGGGCAAACUGGUUCGGGCAAAACGUACACUAUGGAAGGUACUCCCAGUGAUCCUGGUCUAAACUACAAAGUCAUCAGUCACAUCUUUCAGUCGAUUCAGUUGCGUGGAGCAAUUUAUGCUGUUGAACCUGCCACCACUGAGGAUCAAGACGAUGAGAUGAACGGUUUGCAUACUGCAACUGAGUCGUCAGUCUAUCACGUGCAAGUGGGCGUGCUGGAAAUCUACAACGAUUCAGUGCGCGACUUGAUCAACAGUACCAACAAGGCACUAGAAAUUCGUCACGAUUCGGCGACUGGAGAUAUAUGUGUUCCUGAUCUGACUAUGUCGACUGUCUCUUCUCCUCAACAAACAAUAGACGUGUUACGGAUCGCGCAAACGAACCGCGUCACAGGCAAGACAAAUUCGAAUAUGCAUAGUAGUCGAUCGCACAGUAUCGUGAUUGUGCAAAUUUCGAAACGCCGGCUGGACAACGAUGAUGCCGAUAGAGAUUCAGCCGACCUUGAAGCCGAAGAAGAAGCGUGUGGCAAGCUGUAUCUUGUUGAUCUAGCUGGCUCAGAAAGAGUCAAGAAAAGCAAUGUGAGCGGAGAUAUGCUCCGAGAGGCCGCUCAUAUCAACAAAUCUCUGUCAGCCCUAGCCGAUGUGAUGGAGGCGCUGGACAAGAAGAUGGCUCACAUUCCAUACCGCAAUUCAAAACUCACAUAUUUGCUGCAGGAUGUGCUAAACUCGUCGUGUAAGACAGUGAUGAUUGUUAACGUUGGUCCGACUAUUGAGAACGCUAGCGAGACAUAUCGGUCGUUGCAGCUGGCGGAACGCGUGCGGAAUAUUGUGGUGGGCCGAAACCAGAUUGUGAAGAACAAGAAGGAUAUUUUGUCUGCCAAGAAGGCAUUCUCAGAGCUCCAGUCUUUAAAGCAGCAGAUGCAGAUUUCCAAGAGGAAGUAUAUGCAAUCGCAACAGUCUGUUGUUGCUCUGAAACGAGACCAAAAGAACCAGUCGGAAAAACAGUCGUCAACGCUGCAGAACCGGCUUAGGGCAUGGGAGACGCAAAAUGAGAGUCUCAAAACUCAAAACGAAUCUCUGAAACGACUCGUGGAUGAUGUAAAUAACCAGCUGAAGGCUGAGCGGGAGACAAAACAAAAGGAGGCAGAACAACGCGAAGCUGCUCAACGCUUGCUUCGACAGCAAAGCUCUAAGACGCGUAUUUCUUCGUCGCAGCAAGUGGCACAGCAAAAACUGCUUUAUGAGCGUGAAGAAGAGAUUAAAAAGCUACGGCAAUUGUUAACGGAGGCCAGGCGACGAAGCACGUCCUCGCUCAUUCCGCGGCUGCCGUUGUCUUCGCCACCGAUGAAGAAGUCAAAAAAUGUUCGUUCUGACAGUCGAGUAACAAGCGCACACGCGCCUGGUGCCAGUCGCGUUACAAAGACGCCCACGGUAGCUCCCAGGUCGGCAGGAUCACGUUUGCCGUCCAGUAACGCGUCGAGCAAUGGUAUUAGUGCAAGUCAGAGUCCGCCAAGUAGCAAACGCGCAAGUUCUCUAGGCUCAAAAUCAGCGCGGACAACCUCUAAAACCGAUCAGGGUGUUUGGAAAUAG